AUGUCUCAAAGAAGCCUUACACAAAAGAAAACUUGUUUUUCUAUGUCUAUCUGUGAUAAACACUUGGGCAGGAAAAGAAGUGCAGAGAGUUCAAGAGAACCGAGCAAUAGCAGAAUAUUACAAUCAUUUGACGAUAUUCAUGGCACACUAGUUUUGGGAUUAAACGAAUCUACAGAAAAUAAAAAUGGAAAUUUCGAUUUAGGGCAUAAAUCAGUGCCUGGUGAUAAUUCCAAGUUGGAAGGUAAGAAAGGGAAAUGUGAAAAAAGUGAAUUAGAAAAAAAAAUAGAGAGUUCCGACAAAUCCAAUGUACUACGCGUAAUUGGUGAUAUUAACAGUGCGAAGUUAGAGCAAACGAUUGUGAACAGUGAAAAAUCUAAAUUGGCAGUUAAGCCCAAGAGUUGUAAAAAUUGUGAUUUGGCGCAAAGUUGUAGAAAAGGUAAUAAUACACCUAGCACACAUUUUACCAGGGGAAGUAGAAUCUUAGCUCACUAUGAAAUGAACUAUGAACCACAUGUUCCAGGAGGAAGUAAACAUGUACCGCCUUAUAAUAAUAAAUAUCAUGAGCAGCAUAUCGGAGCAGGUAAUAGUGGAGCUGCGUAUCCAAAUAAUUAUGGGUCCAACUUUGUAGUACAUAGAAAUGAUCCAGGUCAUGGAGCACCCUACGAUAAUCAAUUUAAUGGCGUGAUGAAAAUAUUAUCAGAUUGUAAAGAGACAUGUGAAUCACAGUUCGAGGGAAUGGAAGAAACCACCCUCAUUACAAUAGCUACUACGGAAAUCAGUACAGAGAAAGGGGUCGAAAUCAACUACCUUACAAUGACUAUUAUGCAGAACACCAUACAAGAGGAAGGGGAGGAAGAAAUGAACCACAUUAUAGUUAUAAAUACCAAUAUCAGAAUGCAGGAGAUGGAUCGAAUCAGUCAAUAUGGUGAGGGGAAUAUAAACCAAUCUAAUUAUGAUAACUAUUACGAUGAACAUCAUUACUCAGGAGGAAGUGCACCCAUUUAUAAUGAAAAGUAUGAUUCUCAGUAUGGGGAAGGAAAUACCAACCAAUCCAAUUACAAUGCCUAUUACAAUGAACAUCACUAUUCAGGAGAGAAUGCACCCCAAUAUAAUAGCUACGAAUCGCAGUAUGCAGGUGGAAAUGACAACCAUCCCAAUAAUAGUGGCUAUUACGAAGCAUCGUAUGCUGGUGAAGGGGCAAAUACAACAGAUUAUAACGACACUGCUGGGUUGGACUAUGUACAGUCGGAACAAAGCACAUCUGGAUAUACUCAGAAUUAUGGCCCUAAACAGGGAGAGCUACAAAAUUACAUGUAUGGUGGUGGGCAUAAUUAUGGGCCUCAGCAGAGAGAGCCACAAAAUUACACGUAUGGUGGUGGGCAUAAUUAUGGUCCUCAACAGGGAGAGCCACAAAGUAACGCUUCUUACGAGGUAAAGAACAUUGAACCUGAAACGAAGUUGUUGAAAAAGGAAAUGCCAAGUGUUGCAGAUUCCGCUAAAAAGGAAAUGCCCGAUUUAAGUGCAGAAAAAGAGGUGCCAGAAAAUAAAAAGGAUUUACAGCCAGAACUGGUACGAGAAGAAAAUAAAUUAGAUGACAAAAAAAGUAACACCUCAUCGAUAGUAUCACCUAAUAUUCCGACGUUACAUCAUAGGGGCAAUUCCGAGUCAAGAAUUGCUGCAGAGAAAAAACCUAUGCCAAACCCUAGAAUGAACAUCCAUUCGGGGAACACUGCAAUAAGAAAAGAUAUAUCUGGGGGUAAAUCGGUUCAAGAAGGGGAAAGUGCAAAAUCGGAUAGUAGAGGCACUCACGAUUUGCAUAGUUCUAUAUUAAAAAAAAAUACGUCUGACACUAAACUGAAUGUUGAAACCAAAACGGAUAAAACUGAACAUGCGACAAGCGGAAGUAAGGAGAAGCUCCAUUUGUCAAACAUGUCAAUAAAAAAAAGCCCAGAGGAGAGCAAACAGCAUUUUGACUCCAAAAUAUAUAAGCUAGAAAAUAAAACGACGGGACAAAGGGAAAAUUCUCCAAUGCCCAAUGCAGGGCUGAAAAAAAAACCUUCUGAUGGUAAACUACAUCUUGAUUCCAAAACGGAUAAAACGGACAAUGCGAAAACUGGAAGUAAGGAAAAGUUGCAGGUACAAAAUACAGGAAUUAAAAAAAAUACAUCAGACACUAAACUGAAUGCUGAUGCGAAAAAUGAUAAACACGAUAGCACGAAAAAGGGAAGCAAAGAGAAACCACCUGAGAUCACAGAAGUGAAAAAAAAUUCAUUAGACGGUAAGAUCAAUUCUGAGGAAAAAACUUAUAAAUCAGAAAGCAAGACUGCAGGAAAUGAAGAAAAUUCGUCAGUGCAUAGUGCAUUAUUAAAAAAGAACACAUCGCAUUAUAAAAAACAUGGUGAAUCGAAGGAAGCAGAAUUAAAACAUAGUUCAAGUGAUAAAAAAAUGGAUGGGUCUAAGAGUGAACAAUUGGAAAGUGAUGUAACAGGUAGUAAAACUGUGGAGAGUGGUUCAGAUGAGAGUUUGAAUAAUCCGCAUGAAAGUACGACGGAGAAAAAAUCGAAAAAAAAAAACACUCGUUUAGAGAAUUGGCACAUAAAAUGA